AUGGCGCCACCGUCACCGGUGGAGCAAAACAGCGGAGAAACUCCAGCAACCGUAGCACCAGCAGCAGGGGAAGCAUCAAGAUCAAUACCAACACCAUUUCUGACGAAAACAUAUCAAAUAGUAGAUGAUCACACCCUAGACGACGUGAUUUCAUGGAACGAAGAUGGAUCCUCUUUUAUAGUCUGGAAUCCAACCGUUUUCGCCAGAGAUUUGCUCCCUAAAUACUUUAAGCACAACAAUUUCUCUAGCUUCGUUCGUCAAUUAAAUACUUACGGAUUUAGGAAGGUAGUACCGGAUCGAUGGGAGUUUUCGAAUGAAUGUUUUCGGAAAGGAGAAAAGAAUUUGUUAUGCGAAAUACAAAGGAGGAAAAUGGCGACUGUGGUGGCGACGCAGCAAGUGGUGGCAGCAGCAGCAGCUGCAGCACCGGCAGCGGUGGUUCCGAUGGUGAAAGUGAUAAAGUCUUCGUCGAAUUCUUCUUCGGAUGAGCAAGUGAUUUCGAGGAGUUCUUCUCCGGGGUUUUCGAUGGAGUUAUUAGAUGAGAAUGAGAGGUUGAGGAAGGAGAAUGUGCAGUUAAAAGGGGAGUUGACGGAGAUGAAGGGUUUGUGUGCGAAUAUUUCUAGUUUGUUGUCGAAUUUUGCGAAUUUGCGAGAGGGGAAGGAGAUGAAGAAGGUGUUGGAUUUGUUGCCGAUGAAGGAUGAAGUAGGGGAGGGAUCGAGGAUUUUUGGCUUUGAGGUUGGUGCGAAGAGAGUGAGGGAGGGAAGUGGAGAUAUGGAGGAGGACGAGGAUGAGGGAGAGGUGGAGGACGGGACGCAAUUGCGAUUGCGGCAACCCGGUUGCGGUGGUCGUGGUUAUGGGGUGAAACUUGAGGUAAAUGUUUGUCAAAAUGGAGAUAGUAAUGGUGGUGGUGAUCAAGAUGCACCAUGGAUCGAACAAUGCCAGAGCUCUAAUCAAAGGGUUUGCAAUUGA